AAAAAGCCCUAAUUCUAAUUUUGAAUAAUUGAAUUACCCAACCAGUCCAGACCUCCGCCGUCGUCGACCCCGCGCGACUCCACUCUCAUCCAGACCCCUGGUCCCGCCGUCCCGCAGCCUGUCUCGUUCAGAAUCAGCUCGGAUCCGCUCCCCUCCGAGCCUCCGACCCCGUAACAGAGCCACCUCAUCUCCAGUCGCGCCACCUCCGAUCUCCGGCACUCCACGACUCAGGCAGUCUUGACUCUUAAGGAUUUGAAUUCUGGAAUAUUAUAUGUGUAGCCGUCACCGCUGUAACUCUAUAUCUACCCUUUGAGUAUGGAUGAAAUGGAAAAUGUAUAUGAGCAUCUCUUAGUUGCUUCUGACUCUUCGACAUUAAAAGAAUCACUCGAGUGUCUCAUUGAAACUGCAAAAACUUCUGAUGGCCGGUUAGACCUUGCUUGCAAGCGUAUUGUUGUACUAGUCCUCAGGCUCUGCCAAUCUCCACUUCAACUUUCUGUUGAAGACCUUUUCUUAUCGAUAAAGCUACUUAGGAACUUGUGUGCUGGUGAAAUUAAUAACCAGGAUCUAUUUAUUCAACUAAAUGGUGUUGUUAUUAUCUCGACUCUCAUCAAUUCUAUGGGGUUUGUUUGCGGUUCUGAUAAUAGAACACUUCAUAUGAUAUUGCAACUCUUGGGAAAUGUUUCAUUAGCUGGUGAACAACAUCGCAAUGUUGUAUGGCGCCAAUUUUUCCCCCUUGUAUUUCUUGAUAUUGCUAGAGUUCAAAACAAGGAAACAUGUGAUACUUUGUCCAUGGUUAUCUAUACAUGUGUCAAGGGUAGCAGUGAACGAGCCGUAAAAUUUCUUGGAGAUGCAGGACUGGAUAUCAUAGUCGAAAUUAUACGGACUGUUACAAUAGUUGGAUAUAGGGAACACUGGGUGAAAUUGCUUCUCUUCAAAAUAUGUUUUGAAGACUCUUAUUUUUCACCGAUUUUCUCCAAGUUAUCUCCGGUUGCUGAAGCUGAGAACUCUGAUACGAAUGUAGGUAAAAACAAUAGUUUUGGAGCUGAACAAGCAUUGUUACUGAGUAUUCUUUCAGAAAUUCUAAAUGAGGAACUUGGAGAUAUUGUUGUUUCUAAUGAUUUUUCAUUGUUCCUAUUCGGGAUAUUGAGAAAUGUUGUUGGGGUUGUUGACUUUAGCACUAGAGGAAAAUCACCUCUCCCAACUGGUUCAGCUGAUGUUGACGUCAUGGGCUACUCCAUGUCCUUAUUAAGAGAUAUUAGCGCAUGCCAAGGUCCAAAUGUUGAGAACCAGGAUGAAGAAGGUGAUGCUGUAGAUAUGUUGGUCUCAGCUGGGCUAAUUAAGUUUCUAAUUAGAUUACUCCGCGACCUAGAGCCUCCAGCAAUCAUUAGGAAAGCAGUGGUCCACAACAAUAAUGAAAACGACUCAACUUCACAACCUUUAAAGUAUCAGUGCCCUUACAGAGGUUUCCGCAGAGAUGUAGUUGCCAUCAUCGGAAAUUGUAGCUACCGCAGGAAGCACGUUCAGGAUGAAAUAAGAGAACAAGAUGGAAUUCUUCUCUUGUUACAACAGAGCGUCACUGAUGAAGAUAAUCCAUUCUUGAGGGAGUGGGGCAUCUGGUCAAUGAGAAAUGUUUUCGAAGGGAAUGAAGAAAACCAAAAAUUAGUUGCUCAGUUGGAGCUCCAGAGAUCUGUGGAUACUACUGAGAUUGCUGAAUUGGGCCUCCGAGUAGAAGUCGAUUCAAAGACUCAGCGCCCAAAGCUUGUAAAUGCCUAAUGAAGUGUGCUGCAAGAGAGGGCAUGCAGUCGGAGGGCGCCAUGUGUGAUUGUGGAACAAAGAAACUCAUUGAGCCAGGAGCCGAACAGGUGAACUCUCUCAUACCCGAUAAUUUUCAAUCCUUGAUGUGGUUCAUAUCUCGAGACUGCAGGUGGCCGUCUGGUUAUAGAGCGUUCUGCACCACACCCAUAAAAUGCUGAUCUCCUGGUUUACAUGUCCACAUAUCUGAAAACUGCAUGCCUUGAUAUGGUGUGCGACGAGGAAAGUUUGGUUUUGAUCCGUGUUCUCGUAGUAUUGGGGUUAUUAUCCAUGGUCAUGACUCAGGUACGCUACGAGAAGAUAUCUUUCACAUAUGAAUGUGUGUUUAUAAACCAUAGGUUUUUGUAAUAUAGUAGUAUCUCUUUAAGUGGAAAUUUUGUAAUAUGUUAAUACUUGAUAUUUUUCUUUAGGGGGAAUUUUCUGUAACUUGAAAACCUCUGUACAAUGUGAAGCUCCCUCCCAUCACAGGCAAAGCCAGUCUAUAUGGUUAUUUUGUUAAUAUCAGUUUCAAGGGCAUAAAUUUGACCACCUA